UCCCUCCUGGGCUUCUUCCCUGGCCAGAAGGACGAGCUCAUGGCUCUGGCGAGGCUGUUCUGGGUGUUGUCGGCCAGUGUGUCCCUUUUGGGGGGCGCUGUGUUGGGGGGCCCUCCUUGCCCCCAAGCCCCGCCCCUCUGGUGCCACCACGGGGAGACCGCCCGCACCUGCCAGGUGGAGAAGCACUGUGCCAAGCUUGAUCCGGGCCCCUCCGUGGCGCCCCCUGUCUCGGUCAGCCUCUAUUACGAGAGCCUCUGCCCAGCCUGCCGAGCCUUCCUGGUCCUGCAGCUCUUCCCCACCUGGCUGAUGCUGUCCCACAUCAUGAACAUCACCUUGGUGCCUUAUGGGAAUGCACAGGAGACAAAGGGACCCAGCCGGUGGCAGUUUGAGUGCCAGCAUGGCCAGGACGAGUGCUUGGGCAACAUGAUGGAGACCUGCCUCAUUGACUACUUCCAGGAUGUGUCCUAUGCCUUCCCGGUCAUCUUCUGCAUGGAGUCCAGUCGUAAUGUCACCCAGAACUUACCAACGUGCCUGAACCUGUACUUCCCUGAAGCUUCCCUGGCCAACAUCACGUCCUGCAUAGACGGAGAUCUGGGCAACAAGCUCAUGCACCAGAAUGCCCAGAGCACCCGAAGCCUCAACCCGCCCCACCAGUACGUGCCCUGGAUCCUCAUCAAUGGGAAACACACAGAGGAACUCCAAAGUCAGGCACAAGACUCACUCUUCAGACUGGUCUGCGAUCUCUACAAGGGAGAGCCACCGAUCGCUUGCCGGGACCAGAAGGUAGCACCACCAGCCUGGCCUCGUUCCCCGCAAGAUGAUGCCUAUUGAAAGGCCAAGGAAGAAUCACAGCUGGCUUUAUCUCGAUUUGCUAUGUUUUGUUAUGUUGAAAUUACUCAGAGCCUGUUUCCCUUUUUUGCCAGACAGCCAACAAUGCAUCCCUGGCAGCUUUGGUCCCGAAUUAGUUACGAGAGCCAGGAUAUCUUUAUCAGUGAGUUUAUUGAUCAUCAUGGUGAGCUUCCACAGAAAUUCCCCAGCGCCAUGCCGUAUACCUCAAUCCAGCUUCUGUUUUUAUAGAAAUGUUAAGCUUUCAUGUCUUUUGCAUUAAACCAUUACACCUUA